AUGGACGUCCACGACCUGUCACAGAAUGCGCGCGCCGCACCAGGGGACGGAUUGGAGCUCAAAAAUAGGCUGGCUGAGAGCAGGAGUCCUUAUGUGCGCGGCCAUAUGGACAAUCCCGUCGCAUGGCAAGAGUGGACCCCAGAAGCUCUUCAGCUUGCGAAGAGCUCCAAUAGACUGAUAUUCAUAAGCAUAGGAUAUGCUGCUUGUCAUUGGUGCCAUGUGAUGGAGCGCGAGUCCUUCUCCAACCCGGAAGUGGCCCAACUACUCAACUCCUCCUUCAUCCCUAUCAAAAUCGACCGCGAGGAACGGCCUGACGUGGACCGUAUAUACAUGAACUACGUUCAAGCUACUACCGGCUCCGGCGGCUGGCCACUGAAUGUUUUUCUCACCCCGGAUCUCGAGCCCAUCUUUGGCGGAACAUACUGGCCGGGUCCCGGAUCAACAAUGGUGACGGGCGGUGGAGACGGAUUGGGUUUCGUCGGAAUUGUAGAGAAGAUUCGGGACGUGUGGAAGACACAACGUGAGAGGUGUCUCGAGAGCGCGAAGGAUAUCACAAAACAGCUAAGGGAGUUCGCUCAAGACGGAAAUAUUUCUAGGAAAGAUGGUGCCGUGAGGGACGCUUUGGAUGUGGAUUUGCUCGAAGAAGCAUACGAACAUUUCUCAACAAGAUUCGACAAACAGUUCCCAGGGUUCCCGAGGGGUGCGCCCAAGUUUCCUACUCCCGCGAAUCUGGCGUUCCUGUUGAAAUUGGCUUUGUACCCGAGUGCGGUCAAGGACGUCAUCGGAGUAAGAGAUACGGAAAACGCGAGGGACAUGGUGUUACAGACAUUGACCGCGAUGAAUCGUGGAGGCAUUCACGAUCAGAUCGGUAACGGAUUUGCGCGGUACUCUGUCACUCGUGACUGGAGUCUACCGCAUUUCGAGAAAAUGCUCUACGACCAAGCGCAACUCCUACCUGUCUAUCUGGACGCCUAUCUCAUUACCAAAGAUACAGAAUAUCUCGCCGCAGUGCAUGACAUUGCGACCUACCUCACCACAGCCCCUAUUCAGUCGCCUUCUGGUGGCUUCUUCUCCUCAGAAGACGCAGACUCCCUGUACCGCCCAACGGACAAGGAGAAGCGCGAAGGCGCAUUCUACGUCUGGACACUGAAAGAAUUCCAAGCGAUCCUCGGCGAACGAGACGCAGACAUCGUCGCACGAUACUACAACGUCAAGGACGAAGGAAACGUCAGCCCAGAGCACGACGCGCACGACGAACUCAUCGACCAAAACGUCCUCGCCGUCGUCAGCACCCCCUCCGACCUCGCGAAGGAAUUCGCCCUCUCCGUCGAAGAAGUGACCUCGAUCCUCACCUCCGGCCGCGCCAAACUCCUCGCCCACCGCGAGAAAGAACGCCCCCGACCCGCCCUGGACGACAAAAUCGUCGUCUCCUGGAACGGCCUCGCCAUCGGCGCCCUCGCCCGCACCGCCUCAACCCUCUCCCAGAACUCCCCCACCGAAUCCCAAACCUACCUCACCGCCGCCAUAAACGCCGCCCAAUUCAUCAAAACCCACCUCUACAACCCAAACACCCACACCCUCCUCCGCGUAUACCGCGAAGGCCCCGGCACCGUCCCAGGCUUCGCAGACGACUACGCCUUCCUGAUCUCGGGCCUGAUCUCCCUCUACGAAGCCACCUUCGACGACUCUUACCUCCGCUGGGCCGACGACCUCCAGCGCACCCAACUCCGCCUCUUCUGGGACACCCAGCACCUCGGCUUCUUCUCGACCCCCGCCUCGCAACCCGACCUCAUCAUGCGCCUCAAAGACGGCAUGGACAACGCCGAGCCCGGCACCAACGGCGUGGCCGCCCGCAAUCUCGACCGCCUCGCCGCGCUGCUCGAGGACGACGAGUAUGCGAAGCGCGCGCGCGACACGGUGUCUGCGUUCGAAGCCGAGAUCAUGCAGCAUCCGUUCUUGUUCCCUUCUAUGCUCGACGGCGUCGUUGCGGCGAGGUUCGGUAUCAGCCAUGCGGUUGUCACGGGUGAGGGUCCAAAGGUCGACGAGUGGUUGGCGAACUAUCGCACCAGGCCGGCGAGUCUGGGGACUGUCAGUCGUAUCGGCGGGGGCAGCGGCGCGUGGUUGAAGCAGAGGAACAAGUUGGUCGGGGGUAUGAAUGAGGGGAAGGAGGGGGUUAUGCUGUGUGAGCUUGGGGCUUGUAGGGAUGCGCUGGAGUUGGGGUUGGGGAGCUUGGAGAGCGCGAUUAGGGAUGUUUGA